AUGGAUAUUCAUCAUUUGCAAGAGAAAAUCAACCGUCAAUCUGAUGAGCUUAGCGAAACAAGAGCUCAGCUACGUGGAUAUUCAGGACGAAUGACACUUUCCCUUGAAAGUACUUCCGAUGCAGACAUUAUUCGUCUAGAAACACUUAAAAAAGAUCAUGUUGAGCAUUCUUCGUUACUAGAAGUAUUCAAUGUUCCUGAAUUCACAAGAAUACUUGUUUGCGACUUAAAACCACGACUUGCUCGCCUUCUUACACCAUGUUUGCCAGCUUAUCUACUCCUAGCAGCUUUCCGAUACUACGAUCAUGCCAGAGAUGAAGCUGGUCUUACAGGAUUAUUCUCGGCAGUUCAUGUCGUCUUAAAGGAUACAAUAACAAAUUCCAGUGAUAUGGAUGUAUUGUCUUUGUGGUUAGUAAACUCUUGGCGAUUGUUGAAUCUUUUGCGACAGUAUAGUGGCGAAAGUAAUAAGGAAUGGUUUGCAGCGAAUUCACAAAAACAAAAUAGCCAAAGAAUGCAAAGUUUCGAUUUGGGUCCUUUACGUGAUCAACUUCGCGCUCGCGUAGAAGAAUCAUUUCAGAAUUUAUUAAAAAGAGCCAUUGAACCAGUUUUAUCCCCCAAAAUAGUCCCUGCAGUGCUACAACACGAGUCAAGUCAGGAAAUGGUCGUAAACGGUUCUUGCGCUGAAAAUAGCGAAAGACGGCAAUCCACAAGAGAACAAAACUUUAAACGUUUAAAUUUUAUUCACAAUAAACUGAAAGUAUAUGGAGCAGAUUCAGUGCUACUUGGACAAGUUUUUGGACAAAUGACAUAUUGGAUUUGCGCCCUCGCAUUAAAUCACUUAAUGUUUAGAAAAGAACUGUGUAAUUUUGAAAAGGCUAUUCAAAUCAAACAUAAUGUAACCGAAGUUCAGUCAUGGCUUUCAGCUAAUGGAUUAUCCGCGCAUCGUGAAACUUUGGAACCACUGGUUCAAGCAUCCCAUUUGUUGCAGUCGAAGAAAGAUGAAUCAAAUUUAGAUACACUUUGUGGUGAAAUGACUUCAAGAUUAAAACCAAAACAGGUAAUUGCCAUUCUGCAACAUUAUACUCCAACAGAUGGUUUUGAAGAAAGGCGAUUAAGUUCUGACUUUCUGAUCAAAAUAUCUGAAAAGUUAAAUGCAAGAACGAGACAGAAUGGUGGAACAGAAGCUGACAUUAAUAUGCUGAUAAUGAUGGGUACUUAUUUAACACCUUUCAAUUCCGAACCAUUUGUUUAUUCCGAUUUCAAUCUCCAAACACUAUCAUUGCCAACAUGUCUGCAUCUACAAGCAGUUUGUAAAUUAUUGUAA